AACGAACAUUUUCGGUACGCUGUCCAGUAGAGACGUGCAUGUUGUAGCUGUCAUGCCUCAGAGGUACGCCGUCGAAAUGCACGAUGAAUUCGUCUUGAAAGGCAACACGGCUGUCCUCAAGUGUCACGUGCCCGGUUUCGUGAAGGACUAUGUGAUAGUGGAAGCAUGGAUAAAGGAACCGAUGGAGAAAGUGGACGUCACUUCGAAAUCAAGCCGGUAUAGCAUCUUCCCAUCUGGCGAGCUCCAUGUUCGUCACGUGCAGCAAAGUGAUGCACUUAGCAGCUUCAGUUGCAGAACAAAGCACAGGCUGACGGGGCUCUCCGUGUCCAGCUCAAAUCCUGCUAGAAUAAUUGUAACAGAGCCCUAUGGACAAGUUCCUCCACGAAUAACGCACACAAUCUCCCGGAUCACGAUCCAGAGCGGGGACACCGUCCAGCUUCCUUGCGCAGGCCAGGCCUUCCCACUGCCUACAUACCGCUGGUACCGGAAGGAGGGGCCCCUCGCUGCAUCCCCCCUGCGCCUAGGCCACAGGCGGGAGAUGGCGGGUGGCACGCUCAUCCUCCGUAAUGCAGAGGCGAGGGACAGCGGACGCUACGUCUGCGUCCUGCAGAGCUCGGGCAACGAGGACCGAGCGGAAACGGAAUUAGUCGUGACAGUAAAGUUAACGGUCUCAGUGAAUCCCGAAGAACGGUUGGCAGACAUUGGAGAAGCUGUGACCUUCAAUUGCAGCGUCCGUGGUCAUCCCGUGACCAAUGUUCGCUGGGCCAAGAAUGCGCGAUUCCUGAGCGACGGCGGCCGACUGCGAGUGAUCUCAAGAAACCAGCUGAUGGUGACAUCAGUCAAGAGAGAGGACCACGGUCUCUAUCAGUGUUUUGCCAGCAAUGACAGGGACGUAGCGCAAGGAGUUGCUCAGUUACUCAUUGGAGAUAAUCCCCCAGAAUUCCUGCACACAUUCGAAAAUGUCACCGUUAAUCCCGGCUCUCCUGUGUCUCUGAAAUGCUCGGCAUCGGGAAAUCCCUUGCCACAGAUCACGUGGUCUCUGGACGGUGCUCAGGUACCCGAAGAUCAAAGUUUUCGAUCCGGCGAUUACGUCACUUUAGAGAAUACAGUAGUGAGCUAUGUAAAUAUAUCUAGAGCUGGAGUGGAGCAUUCCGGAGAAUUCACGUGCACUGCGAAAAAUGAUGCUGGUGAAAUACACCACAGCAGGUGGUUGAGAAUUCCUGGACCGCCUUUUGUUCGUCCUAUGAAAAAUCAAACCAUUGUGGCUGGUGAGAGGAUGAAAAUUCGAUGCCCUGCAGGCGGAUACCCCAUCCAUAGGAUUUCUUGGGAAAGAGAUGGAGUCCGGCUGCCAGACAAUCAUCGACAGACUGUAUACCCGAACGGAACUUUGCUCGUGCGACAAGUGGAGAGAUCGGUAGAUGAAGGGCGCUACACAUGCACAAUUCGAAAUAAGGAAGGAGAGAGUGCAAAAGGAAGUCUCUACAUUACCGUCAGAGUGCGACCGGUCAUCGAGCCUUUCCAUCUGCCCCCCUCUGUGCAGAUGGGCCAGAGACUGAGCAUUACGUGCACCGUCGUAAAGGGCGAUCCUCCCAUAAGUCUGCGCUGGCUACGCGACGAGCUUGACCUCCCGAAGGAUGGCGACAUCCGCAUCCACAAUUUGGCUGACUACUCGUCCACGCUACUCUUCGACCCCGUCAAGCCGGAACACCGAGCCAACUACACGUGCGUCGCCAGCAACGAGGCGGGAUCGGAACGUCACAGCGCAGCAAUGGUAAUUCACGUCCCCCCACGUUGGAAAUCCGAACCCAACGAUGUCGACGUCAUCAAAGGGCGGAGCAUGAUGAUUGACUGCGAAGCUGAAGGAUUUCCGCCUCCGCGAUUAACUUGGAGAAAAGCUGAAGGAAGUGUUCCAGAGAGCUAUAAGCCCAUCAGCAGCAGCUCUCACCUACACGUUUUCGAGAACGGAUCCCUCACGAUACUAGACGUUGGAGAACAUGAUGCCGGAUACUACCUUUGCCAAGCAUCCAACGGCAUUGGGUCAGGCCUCAGCAAAGUCAUAAGUCUCACAGUCCACGUGGCUGCACAUUUCACGAAUAAGUUCCAUGCAGAGAUAGUGAAAAAAGGACAAGAUGCAAAAUUGUCCUGCCAGGCGUAUGGGGAGAGACCACUCAGCAUCCUCUGGACAAAGGACAAGCAGCCGCUCAAUGCGAAACUCAUGUCUAGAUAUCGGCAGACUGAGACUGUUUUCACCAAUGGAACUCUGUCGGAACUCCUCAUCGAAUCCGUGGACCGGAGCGACUCCGCUCUGUUCACCUGCUUGGCGAGAAACUCGUAUGGGAAAGACGAGUCCAACAUUCAACUGAUUAUUCAAGAGAAGCCAGACAUUCCUCAAGAGCUGCGUGUGACGCGGAGCACGAGCCGCACGAUCGACAUCUCCUGGUCCCCUCCUUACAGCGGGAACAGCCGCCUCCUCAAGUAUCUUUUGGUUUACGAAGAAAGUGGAGAUCCACUUUCGACAAGUAAAUCUUCCAGUUCUGAUGUGAAACAAGUUGCUAUUCCUCCUUCUGAAACAACCUGGUCCAUUAACGGCUUGACACCGAAUACUCGGUUUUCUAUCAAAAUAUCCGCUGUAAAUGAUUUGGGUGAAAGCGAAGCGAGCAACCCUGUGGAAGUCUCAACGGAAGAAGAAGCUCCUGGAGGCCCUCCAUUGACCGUAAAAGUCCUGCCUUUGUCUUCCACGGCGAUAAAAGUGUUGUGGGAGCCUCCCGAUGCGGCUUUGCAGUUUGGCACCAUCAAGGGUUACUACGUAGGCUAUAAGAGCAAAGAGUCCAAAGACAAGUACGUCUACAAGACGCUAGAGAAUCGAGAGAACUUCCGAGAGGAGAGAAUUCUCACCAACCUGGAGAGGAACACGAAGUACAAAAUUCGAGUCCAGGCCUUCAACAGCAAAGGAGCGGGGCCUCCUUCCGACGAUGUUGAAGUGGAAACUCUUGAAGAAGAUCCGCCUCGCCCUCCCUCACUCGAAAUUCUUGGAAUGACGUCAUCAUCGGUCACGCUGAAAUGGAAGAAAGAAGACGGAGACACGACCCCUGCGAGCGGAUACAUUAUUUAUUACAAAAAAGAGUAUGGGUCUUGGAAAUCUGAAGAAGUAUUCGGAGACAUAAACACAUACACCAUCAGUAAUCUGCAGUGCGGUAUGCGAUAUGAGUUCUACAUCACAACUAUGGAUGGAAAUGGCGAAAAGAGUGAAAUCAUCGCUGGCAGAACGAGCGGAAGAGCCCCCAUUGCGCCCGAAAAGGAAGACCUUCUGGUUGUGAAUGAUACCUCCAUCAUCAUCCAGCUGAACUCUUGGAAGUCCGGAGGCUGCCCGAUCACACAUUUUGAAAUAAAAUACAAGCAACAGAGACAGAAAAACUGGAUUCUCUUUGCUGACAGAGUCUCCUCCAAUAGGAAGAGCAUCACCGUCUCUAACCUCUUGCCAAGCACCUGGUAUCAAUUGCAACUGACGUCGCACAAUGAGGCCGGGCCCACUGAAGCGGAGUACAUCUUUACCACGGGAGCGGCACUUAAAGGAGGGUCGCCCGAUGCGGUCUUGGUGAGCGACGAAGCUGUGCCUUUCUAUCUGGAGCUUGAGGUCGUGCUUCCCGUCUCUCUCUCUCUGGUUGUCGUCGUCGCUGUGCUCGUGCUGGUGUGUUUGAUUGUGAAAAAAAGAAAUCCUACUGAGACCUCACAGACAGCGGCCAGUGCCACGUACGUGUCGAGGAAAUCCCAGGCAGGGGAGUCCGUGCACUUAUGCGAAAUGGAGAAAUCUGUCUACCAGAGACCAGUGAGUCGAACCGACCCCAUCUACUACCCAACGCCCUAUGCGACCACUCACAUCGCGGACGGAUCCUGCCGGAAGUCUCUGGAAGCUGUGGAAAGAGAACUUCAAGACGAGCCGCAAUACGCCACAGUAAAAAGAACUCCCCGACCACCCAAAUCAGAUGUUCAUAUUUACCAUUAUCCAGUUCACAUCCCCCCGGAGCUCUUAGACGAACUCCAGGCCACUUCGUCACAGUGGGACGACGACGGGAGGUCUUCCUUAAUGGACACAGGAGCAUACAUAGGUCGAAGAAGCUCCCGAGUGACGACUUAGUGAAUCAUCCAAUCCAAAGAAGGAAAUCAAAACUCAGUUCGAAGAGACCAAUCAUUAGAUCGUCUCCGAAUCCGAGGAAGCGAAGCGAUCCGACGUCACAAAGUUCAGAAGUAAUGCAACAUGUUUGAAUGUUUGAUAUUUGGAAAGCGAAGGUGUGUUGAACAUUUUUUUAAAUACUUCAAGUGGAACUUCGUGUUAGAGCAACUUAAGUACAAUAGGUGUCUUAGUGUGAUACCGCCAAAACUAUUGAUAAAAAAAUGUGUCUGUUUGCCUAUUUUAUUGCUGGAAAUGUUUUCAUACAUGUUAGUUGUCGCGUAUCCUAUUCAAAGAAAGGAAGAAGUGCAAUGUCUCAAUAAAGGAGUAACUGCCGCUUGUAUCAUUCAUAACUGUGUUUGAUGUAAGUGAGCAAAAUGUCUUUCUCCGAUUGCAGAUCAUUAGUAAUAAAUAAAUGUUGAAAACAAUAAUAUAAUAUUUUGAUCCUCUUUUUUCCAUUUUCGAAUAUAAGCCUAAAUUUUCCAUUUGUCCACUCAGACUAAAUGUGCUUUGAAAAGGAAAAAAACGCCUAAUAGCAUUUUUAACUCUAUACCAUGUUGGCCAUCUGAAACAUCUAACUUCAUCUUUGGGAUCGGAUGAAGGAGACAGCGAUGGCUUGGCGGUAAGAUGUCGGCUUCGGUACCUGAAGGUUCCAGUUUUGAGACCCGAUUCUACCGAAGAACCGCCGUGUAUGCGGGUUUGGUCACAACCACCGAUAGAUCGGUGGUUGUAGUUUGGUGCACGUUAAAUCCGUCAAGGCCAAAUGUCUUCCCGUUGAUGUGAUGUGGAAGUUUGUAGAGGAUGCUGCCAGUCAGGUUUGUUUACAUCAUCUGACUGCAACUCAAAAUUACAUGGUCCGCCCAAAAUAACCUUAGUGUUUGCUUUAAAAUGGGCUGUUAAUGUAACUAAACUAAACUGGAUAGAAUGAAAGAAGAGAAACUAAAACACCUAUAAAACAAUGCAAAAUCAUUUUAAAUUGUAGUACUCAGUGUUGCCUUGCAAUUUUUAACCAUUUCUAUAGAGUCGUUAUUCAGAAGUGGUGAAAAUCAAAUUUUAAAUCAACAUCUUGCAUGUUAUUCUUAAACAUUCGUAAAACAAUUGGUUUAUAUUUGAAACAAUGUAUUAAACUUUCUGCUCCUAAUGCUGUAUAUAUCUGGCAUCUACAUAGUCCGUGGGGACGAACGUCCAUUCGUUCGAUAUCAUUCAUGCUCACUAUAUCUAGCAUGAAUGAUACGACCCAUAGAAACGAGUGCCAGCUAAAACUGGCAGUAUACGAGACCUAAUUUUGGAUGACAGCACUUCUAGUGAACUUCGCUCACAUUAUUUGAUAAAAGGAAUAAUGGUCCAUGGUUCGAACAUUCUCUUUUUACAUUACUCUUAAGUACUAUAAAGAAAUAGAUAAUUAACGAAAAUAGAGCAAUAAUUAGGAAAAAAAAGUUCAAGAGAAUUUUGUAUCGAUGCUUCCGUCAGCUGUCCAUAACUUUGAUUAUCCUAUUCGCAAUGUGUAUAUUUUUGGCACUCAAUUAAUAGAGAUGCUACAGCGGACAGUAGCGAAAAGGUUCAUUUCGAAUUUAGUUUCCACAAUUACUGAAUAAUGACCAUACAGAAAUAAUUUGAAAUUGUAAAACACUUUUAGAGUAGAAUUUUUAUUCCUUAAAUUCCUUCCCUCCACCAAUGAAAUCUUAUUAUUAUUAUUUUUUUAA